CCUGUAGGGUACGGAGGCUACGGAGGCGGAAGCUCCCACAAGGGACACGGAGGCUACGGAGGCUCCCACUACGACCAGGGAGGCUACAAGGGCCACCAGGGAUACCACGCUGACAAGGGCCACAAGGGCAGCCACUACGGCGACCACGGCAAGGCGCACUACAGUGGUUACCAUGGCGACCAUGGCAAGCACUACAAGGGCCACGACGACAAGCACAAGUACUACGGCGACGCCCACAGCGGCAAGAAGGGAGGGAAGGGUCACCACUACGGCUCCAAGGGUCACCACGACAAAGGUCACAAGGACAAGGGCUUCAAGAACGUGUACCACAAGGAGGAGUACGGCCACACCAAGAAGUUCUACGACGACAGCGACAAAAAGAAGUACCACAGCAACUACGACGACCUCGAUACCUACUUCAAGGCACACAAGGGCAGCGACUACAAGGAGGCCACUACAAGGGCGGACACCAUCACGAUGCCCAUGGCCACAAGGGGCACCACGAGAAAGGGCAAAUACCACGACGACCAUGCGGGCCACGAUGGCCACUACGGAGACAAGGGCCACUAUGGCCACAAGAGUUCCUAUGGCGACCACGGUGGACACAAAGCUCAUUAUGGUCACGAUGAUCAUAAAGGGUAUGGCCAUGGUGGACACGGAGGCGGAUAUGGACACGGUGACCAUGGUAGUGGAUAUGGCCAUGGCGGUGGUUAUGGUCAUGGUGGCCAUGGUGGAUAUGGUCAUGGACUCGGAGCUCCACUUCGACUCGAAACAUUCUCCCCUGUGUCAUUAACGACCCCUCCCCCCCUCCCCCAGGCUACGGCGCCCACUCCACCGUCCAGGUCGUCCACCAGGCGGCGCCCAAGAGCUUCGAGUCCUUCGGCAACUUCGCCUUUGCAGGACACUGAGGCCCUGACGAAUGAGUUGAUUUGCAAUUGCAACUCGUGUCAAGGCGAGUUACCAUCUCUUGGUGAAUCCCACUCGGCGAUCAAAGACUAUAUGCGAAAGAUAGGAAAGCAUGGCAAAAGUCUGCGAGCCCCAACGAUCUUCAACGCCGCCGUGCUGAUGGCGGUGGCACUGUCGCCCUCCGUCAAGGGGGAGCGGAGAGGAGGCCGUCCCUCCCCAGGACGACCUUCCGCAGGAGAGCCAGCAGUCCGUCGUGGCCAAGGACGACCUCCAAGCCUCUGCUACGGGGAGUGCUGUGUCUGUGUGUCGCCGUUUUUCCUCCUGUCAUUCUAUUCAUGCAUCGAAUAUCAUAACAUCUUUGUUGCUACUCUGCGAAGAUACGGAGGCUACGGAGGCGGAAGCUCCCACAAGGGACACGGAGGCUACGGAGGCGGAAGUUCCCACAAGGGACACGGAGGCUACGGAGGCUCCCACUAUGACCAGGGAGGCUACAAGGGCCACCAGGGAUACCACGCUGACAAGGGCCACAAGGGCAGCCACUACGGCGACCACGGCAAGGCACACUAUAGUGGUUACCAUGGCGACCAUGGCAAGCACUACAAGGGCCACGACGACAAGCACAAGUACUACGGCGACGCCCACAGCGGCAAGAAGGGAGGGAAGGGUCACCAUUACGGCUCCAAGGGUCAUCACGAGAAAGGUCACAAGGACAAGUAUAUUUCAUUAAAAUGUAAAUUGAUUUCCUAUGACACGUCGCGAGCCUUGUUCCCUCACUUGGAUCCUGCGGAGGAUUCUCAACUUAGGAUAAAAUCCUCUCAACUUAGACCUGUGGUAAAAUCGGGCUUCAAGAACGUGUACCACAAGGAGGAGUACGGCCACACCAAGAAGUUCUACGACGACAGCGACAAAAAGAAGUACCACAGCAACUACGACGACCUCGAUACCUACUUCAAGGCACACAAGGGCAGCGACUACAAGGGAGGCCACUACAAGGGCGGACACCAUCACGAUGCCCAUGGCCACAAGGGGCACCACGAGAAGGGCAAAUACCACGACGACCAUGCGGGCCACGAUGGCCACUACGGAGACAAGGGCCACUAUGGCCACAAGAGUUCCUAUGGCGACCACGGUGGACACAAAGCUCAUUAUGGUCACGAUGAUCAUGAAGGGUAUGGCCAUGGUGGACACGGAGGCGGAUAUGGGCAUGGUGGCCAUGGAGGGCAUGGCGGUGGACAUGGUAGUGGAUAUGGCCAUGGUGGCCAUGGAGAUGGUUAUGGUCAUGGUGGACACGGAGGUUACGGCGCCCACUCCACCGUCCAGGUCGUCCACCAGGCGGCGCCCAAGAGCUUCGAGUCCUUCGGCAACUUCGCCUUUGCAGGACACUGA